UACGAAUUCCGAUUUUAUUUUACUCUUGCAUAGUAUUCCAAAGUAGUUGGGUGUUUUUUCUUUUUCUUUUUGUUUUGGUUUUGGUUGUUUUUGUUUUUGGCUGUUUUAUACGCACGGAAAAUAAUAAAAUUUAAUGUAACUUUACUCGAAUUGAAAUAAAUAAAUAUGCAAGACGCCCGCGCGCCAUCUACUUUCAUUUAAAAAUCGAAAUUAAAAAUUAAUUUAUUUCCCCUUGUGAAUAAAAUAUCUAAGUUUAAUUCACGAUUGUAAUGUGGAAGUAGAGUGGAUUCAAAAACAUAAAAAUAGUAAAAUUAAGUUUGGCUGAAAUGUGCGAAUAAAGACAAUUGCAGAAAUACCAUGAAGUAAAAGAAGGAUACAACUUUUCGAGUCUUUUUUUUUUGGUAUUGAAGCCAAGUAAUACCGCAUCUUAGUUAUCUUUGUGCGCUCACGUAAUACCGUGAAAAGGUCACUUUAAAUCUUUGUGCUGUUUGAAUUUUAUUGUGUGUAUACUUUACGGUAUUUAUAAUUUUGAGUGGUUAUUAACAGUUGAAGUUUUUCAAAUAUCAAAACGUCAACGCUACCUUAUUGAACAAUUAAUCAGAAGUAUGUUACGCCCAUAAAAUACUUAAAACACCCAUAGCUCUAUGAACGAACAUUUCAGGGUUUCAAAUCCUUGGUUUUGGGUUAUAAAACUAUAAAGAGUGUUACACCUUAGUGUUUUUAUGUGGUUCGUUGGUGAAUAGUGAAUUUGAAAUAGUUGAAUCAUCAUCAUCAAUAUCAUCGUCAGCUCCAUCAGCAUCGAACAGACACAGAUCUUAUAAUAUUUUUGGUGUGUUUUAGAAGGUUUGAAGAUCAAUUAUAAAAUAAUUUGAAAGGAAAGAAAAAAAUAAACUAAGCAAAUAACAUAUCAUUAAGGAAAAACAAAGUCAUGAGUGAUAAAAUUCACUCUCAUUUAGUUGACUCCCAUGAAUUACAAUUAACAAUGUCAGUACCACAUCAACAAACAAAUCAAAAAUCACAACAUCAUGAAUAUGGACGUAACCUCAACCAAGAUAUUCAACUACAAGUAAUCAUAAAAGAAAAUGAGAGUAGUUUGCGUAGAACAAAGGCUAGCAAUAAGAAAUCAUCAUCAUCAUUAUCCUCAUCACCUGCAUCGGUGGCAGCAGCAGCGGCAACAGUGACAGCGACCGCAGCGACAACGGCAGCAGCGGCGACGGCGGCAUCAAUGAUUAAAAAACCUGUAACAAGAGCAAAAGACUUACAAUUACAAGACAGCAACAAGUAUGACGAUGGCGAUGACAACACCACAAUAAACGGCAACGGCCAAUAUGGAAAAAUAAAUCUAAAUCAGUGCAGAGACUUCCGUAUGGCUCAGCAGCAGAGGAAUGAUGAAAACCCAUAUGGAUAUGUUCCUGAAGUCCUUCAACAUCAUCCUCCUGCAAUAUUUUUAUCAUCCGAGAAAUCAGAUAAAAAAGCCAAAUGUUGGGAUUCAAUUUAUUUAAACGAAACAGUUGGAAAUUUAAUAUCGGACAAGCUUUUAGAACGCACCUGGAAAUAUCUCAAAUGGCCUUUGCUGAUAUUUGGUCUGUGUAUCUUCUUGGGCUUCAUCACUUAUACCUGUAUAAAUACUAGAAACACCAGAUCUAUAAAAUCAAAAUGCUUAAAUUUCACUAACAACAAUAAUUGCCUCCUAAUGAUGGAUGUUGCUGAAACUGAACCUAGAAAUAAAAAUAAAAUAAAUUCUAUUGUCACAAAAACUGAAGAGAAGUCCACCAUUGGAACAUAUUCAUCACAAAGCGAAACUACAUUUCAAGGGGAUGAGGAGGACAAGGAGGAAGAUGAAAAGAAAUAUGAAGAAAAAGAUCAGAAAAAUGUACACCCAAAAGAUGACGAAAAGGACGUAGAAGCUUCUGAGGCAGUUUUGACAGGAUCUACAACCCUUCUGAGACCCAUUAUUAUUCCACAAUUAACACACUCCAGCUACAGGGACAAAAACUAUUUGGAUAAAGGGUCUAAGAAUGACUACACAAUAAUUGAAAGAAAACCAGGUCAAAAAUAUGAAGGACCUUUAAUCCCACAAACAAAAGUUCAAAAACCCUAUGGGCAUGUUACGGCAGAAGCUAAGCCCACUAUAAGACCCUACGAUCAGGAGAGUAGUGUUGAAAAUGAAGAUAACACCGUGAAUAAAACUGAAGGAACCAAAGUCAUAGGCUUUACUUCUGGCCAUCAAAACAACUUUGGAAUUCCCAUUGAAGAAGACGAAAGAAUGUUAAGACUACUAAACGAUGAGCUCAUUAAGCUUGAAAAACAAACGGAGCAGACGAAUGUUGUUGGGCGGACUGAAAGCUCAUUAAUAGUAUCGCCUACUGUGCCACAAAUAAUACACGAAGUCCAAGAGUAUGUCACUCCCAGCAGUAGACCAGCCUUUGAAGAAAUUCAAUGCCAAUCAACAUCAUUGCCCAUGUGCCGAGGUGUUUUGCAAUACGAUUUGACAUCUUCCAAUGCCAAGAGUUUGUAUUUGAGUUCUGUGGAAUUGGAAGUGUUCGAAACGCUCAUCUCUUCUAACUGCUCGGCCAGAGCAAUUGAAUUUGUCUGCUCGAGUCUAGAACCGGAAUGCCGUCCAACACAAAUUGGCAUUCUCCAGCCAUGUAAAAGGAUUUGCAAAUCUAUUUUAGAGGCAUGCUCUAGCUUAAUUGCCAGCUCAGAUAUCCUCACAUACACCUUCGACUGUGAUAAAUACCCAGACUCAUAUGAUCGCAAUGUCUGCGAAGAUCCAACCCGAAGGAGCGAGUGCUAUGAAGAUGAAUUCAAAUGUGAAGACUUAUCUUGUAUUCCCAGCCAAUGGCAGUGUGAUAAUAUAAAGGAUUGCAGUGAAGGAGAAGACGAAUUGGGUUGUCUAGUUUGUAGCCCCGAAGAGUUUCGUUGUCGGUCGAAUGAGAAAUGCCUAACGGACGAGUACCGAUGUGAUAAGAAUGAAGAUUGUGAUGACGGAUCUGAUGAGCAUGAUUGUUAUGAGGAAAGCUAUGAAACUGAAGAUCCACAAUUGUUUCCGAGAAUCUUCUCGUUUGCCAGUUUUCUUCUGCCCAAUUAUACAAGUGAGAACGGUUUUACUACGGUAGCUGAUGAAGACCGUUUAGCAGCAGGAAGUGAAUUUAAUGAAUCGUUGGCAUCAGCUAGUGGAAGAAAUAUCUUGCAUACCACUUUGGACGAAAUCAAAAGGGGAUCGGUGAAUAUUUCAAGAAUAUUAGCCAACUUCCAGGAUAGUAAGGAAAUUAUGAUGACAAGUGAUUCCGAAAACAAAAUGAAAAUUUCCCAUAACAACGGAACCAGCAGCAACACCAGUAGCAACGUUACCCAUGAAGUGAAUAAAACUGAAAGUAAAAGUGAAUUCACAGCAUCACCUUCUUCUCCAACCUCAUGUUCCGGGAAUGAACUGAGAUGUGUAAGUGGAAAAUGCAUCACAGUUGAUCAACUUUGCGAUAAGGUAAUGGAUUGCCCUGAUGGAGAAGAUGAACUUAUGUGUACCUAUGAAGAACGUCCAAAACCUAAAAAGCCUUAAAAUCAAGACAAUCAAACAACGAGAAUUAAUGGUGCUGAUAAAAACAUAAACAUAAGAAAAAGUGGGAGUAUUAAUUUAAAAUUCAUAAUAAUAAUGUAUUUAUGUAAAUAUAUAGUUUGAUAUACUUUAUUUUUGUUGUUCCAUAUUUUGUGAAAUAAUAUUUUUCUUGAAAUCAUUUUAUGUACAUAAAAAGACAUACAUACAUGUUUAUAAGCAUUUUAAUAUAUGUAUUUUAUUAAAGUAUUUUUAAGAAAAAGUUGUUGUUUAAAUAAUAACAGUAAAAU